UACUAUUGCAGAAUUCAUGAGAAAUAUGGAAGAAAUUAAUAAGUUGAACUCUGCAGCAAAAGAGCACCUUAUGCAAUAUGAUCCAAAGUAUUGGUGCAAGACAUUCCUUGAUACUCAUUGCAAAUGUGAUGCUGUUGAUAACAAUAUGAGUGAGACCUUCAAUGGAUUUAUUCUUGAUGCAAGGCAAAAGGCUGCUAUGUCUUUGCUAGAGGACUUAAGGGUAUGGCAACUCAAUGGCAUUCCUUGUAGACAUGCCAUGCUUGCCAUCCAACAUAGAGAGGAAAACUUUGAAGACUAUGUGCACCUUUGCUACAGAAGACAAGCAUACAUUAACACAUACAAGCACUGCAUAAUUCCUCUAGAUGGCAUGGAAAGAUGGGAAGAAAUAGGCAUGCCUGCACUUGAUCCACCAGUGGAAAGGAAGACGACGGGUAGACCUAAAAAGAAAAGGCAUUUAGAAGAUUGUGAAAUUUCUAAUGGAUCUAACAUUAGCAGAAAGGAACAAGCUGAAGAGUCAUCAUCCACUCAAGCAAAUGUUGUGAAUAACAUUCCCAUAAUAGUUGAGAUGCCUAUUGGAGAUGCAAGAGUUGCUAGAGGUGUUGAAAUGCAACUUCAACCGGAAAAUCAACAAGUUGAUGGAGGCGUUCAACUGCAAAUGCAACCAAAAAAGGAACUACUUGCUGAAGGUGUUGAAAUGCAACUUCAUGCAGAAAAUCAACUACUUGCUGCUGAUGUGCAAGAUCAAACUAGUAAUGCACAAAGGUUUGCAAGACUUAGGGCAACGGAGCAAUGUAGAUUGGAUGAAAUGGAGUUGGCAAAUUGGAGUGCUCUGAUUCAAGCUAUGGGUUCUAUUGAUGAUGGAAACAAUUGUCCUUAAAGUAUUUUAGCGUGUAUUUUGGUUGUUAUAACUAGUUACAAAAGUACCAGUUAAAGUAUUUUAA